AUGGCUGCUACCGUUGAUUGGCAGUCUCGAGCCAAAGCGAAGCGCGACGCCAUUCUCGCCUCCAUUCCAGCAGAAUGGCACCUCAAGAAGAUUUCCUCUGUGCAAGAACAGAAAGAUAUUACAGGCUCGUACAUCCAGAAGUUCUUAAGCCCGGAAGAAAUCGAGAUCACGGAAACCGACUCUUUUGGUAUCGCGGAGAAGGUGGCCGCUGGCACGUGGACCGCAGUCGCCGUCAUCCAGGCGUUUUGUCACCGGGCUUCGCUGGCCCAUCAAUUAGUCAAUUGCCUUCACGAGACUUUCUUCGAUGCAGCACUGGCAUCGGCAAAGAAGCUCGAUGAAUACUUUGCAGAACACAAGAAGACAAUUGGCCCGCUGCAUGGAGUUCCGGUAUCGCUGAAGGACCAAUUCCAUGUUGAAAACGUCGAAACCACAAUGGGCUACGUAGGAUGGAUUGGGACAUUCGAAGGGGUUGCGGAUGACCCGCGCAAGGGGAAGUAUGAGAGUGAAAUGGUGAGAGAGCUGAGGGCGCUGGGUGCCGUGCUUUACUGCAAGACCAGCGUUCCGCAUACACUCAUGAGCGGGGAGACGGUCAACAACAUCAUCGGCUACACUUGGAACCCCAAAAACCGCUACCUGACAUCUGGGGGCAGUUCUGGGGGCGAGGGCGCCUUGAUCGGAUUGAAAGGAUCCCCAGGCGGGUUUGGCACUGACAUAGGAGGUUCGAUUCGCAUUCCAGCAGCCUUCAAUGGCCUCUAUGGCAUCCGUCCCACAUCCGGCAGGCUGCCGUAUGAAGGCAUGGCAAAUAGUAUGGACGGUCAAAACAGCAUUCUUUCUGUUGUUGGCCCUCUAGCUACCACCGCUCGCUCGGUGAAACUACUUACCAAGGCGAUCCUUUCACAGGAACCGUGGCUCCAUGACCCUCUAGUCAUUGAGCUACCAUGGCGGGAUGCCCAAGAGCAAGCUAUUGUCGACACGGUCAAGUCUACUUCCGCUAGUGGCAGGCUCAGCUUUGGUGUGAUGAAGACAGACGGAAUUGUAACUCCUCAACCACCUGUGGCUCGAGCCAUCGAGACGGUUGCCGCAGCACUCGAAAAAGCCGGGCACAAAGUCAUCGAAUGGAAGCCUCCGUCCCACGAAAGACUCCUCUCCAUCUCGCUAAAGACAUGGCUUUACGACGGUGGAAAGGAUGUGCAUGGGGCGUUUGGCCUCUCCGGUGAGACGAUGGCCGUUCAAGUAAACACCGUGUAUGGAGACAAGGCGAAGGAAGAAUACACGGCAUCCAUGAUCGCCGCAAACAACGUCGCCAAGCGCAAGUUCCAGAAAGAGUACCUCGACUACUGGAACAGCACGGCACAACAAACUGGGACGGGCCGCCCGGUGGACGGAAUCAUCUGCGCGCUGGCGCCGUACCCGGCUGCACGGCCUGAGAAGUAUGGGUAUUACGGGUACAGCGUCUGGGUGAACGGGUUGGACUACCCCAGCGUCGUGGUGCCGGUGACGAACGCAGACAAGACCACGGACCUGUAUCACGAGGGGUUUACACCCUUGAACGAGCAGGAUCAGAAGGUUUUCGACGACUACGAUGCGGAGUUGUACGAUGGGGCGCAUGUCAGUGUCCAGAUUGUGGGGAGGCGAUACACGGAGGAGAAGAUGCUGGCUAUUGCCGAGUAUGUUGGGGGAUUGGUUGGGAAGUAG